UCUACUUGCGAUCUUCACUGGCAAUGAAUUGCAAGCUGCAGUCUGCUUGGGAGACGCAGAGUGGAAGGGACGUGCUGUUGGUGUAGAGCUAUGCUCACCUUACACUUCAGAAAGGGGAGAAGGUGUGGAGCAAAGGACUAGAUCAUUCCGCUGCGUCUCAAGCAGAAUUGCAUGCGAAUAUGGUGAGAAGGAACCUUGUCAACUGAGACGCAGACGGUACAAGACGAGCUGAGUUUCUGCAGCACCCUUUUUAGGUGAAAUUGCAGCACUCUUCUACCACAUUUUGGGAUAUUUUACGACUAUAAAAGGUGGUACACAAAUGCAAGUGCGAGCAAGUACAAGCUAUCUCAUUUCUUGAAGUGUUGAAGACAUUUCCUUCCAACAAAAAGCUUCAAAAAUGGCUGACGAAACAAGACAGACCCCAGCAAACUAUUCGUCGAAUAUGUCAUGCCCGUCAAUUGAUGAUUUCCGGAAUCAAGUCUAUUCUACAGUGUACUCCCUGGUCUUUGUGGUGGGCUUGUCAGGAAAUGCCUUUGCUCUGUUCGUACUUGUGAAAACAUUCAAGCAGCGAACAGCCUUCAAUGUCUACAUGCUCAACCUGGCAGUGUCGGACAUGCUGUGUGUUUGCACCUUGCCCUUACGUGUCGUUUACUACGCUUUCAAGGGCAGGUGGAUCUUUGGGGACAUGCUGUGCAGAAUCAGUUCUUAUUCUCUCUACGUCAAUCUGUACUGCAGCAUUUUCUUCAUGACUGCCAUGAGCUUCAAUCGUUUCCUGGCCAUUGUGUUCCCUGUUAAGAACCUGAAAAUAGUCAAUAUUAAGAAGGCCAAGAUAGUUUGUGCUGUGAUAUGGAUUUUUGUCACUGUGACCAGCAGCCCGUUCCUUUUGUCAGGCUCUCACAGGAAUGGAAAUAAAACAAAGUGCUUUGAACCACCAGAUGGUAAGCGUAAAGAAGACCUGAAGAACCUGUUGAUUAUGAACUACAUUUCGCUGGUUUUAGGCUUCAUCCUGCCAUUUCUCGUCAUCCUCAUUUGUUACACAUUCAUUGUGAGGGCGUUAAUGAAAAGCACAGCGGCCAUUCACAGGAAGAAAGUAUCGCGUCAAAGAGCAGUGCAUCUGAUCAUCAUUGUGCUGGCUGCUUUCCUGAUCAGUUUCAUGCCCUACCACACCCAGCGUACAAUACACCUGCAUUUCCUGCUACAAAACAACAAGAACUGUGAUGACAUUAUUUACAUGCAAAAGUCCGUCGUGGUAACGCUCUGUCUGGCAGCUGCCAACACCUGCUUUGACCCGCUCUUGUAUUUCUUCUCUGGAGAGAACUUUAGACGGAGACUUACAAGUUCCUUCACUAGAAAAUCGUCCGUAUCCAGCAAUCAGCUGUCGAACAAAAGGAAACGCUCACUAAUGCGUGUUGAACAGGACAAAUCAGAUGAAGAUUCUUUCAGUCCUACUCGGGCAAAUGGAAGCAUCAGCAAGUAAAUCUGACUCUGCUGCCGUAAUGCUAGGUACACGGAAAGGGGACUGAGCCUUUCAAACGUGGAAUAUCUUUUGCCAGGGUAGUGUUGCCAUCACACAAAGCACAUGUGAACCAAAAUUCACGUAAAUUCACAGAGAUUCAAUCCACAGAAAUCAGAUAUAAAGCACACUUUCUGCUUGUAGAGUUCUUGUAGAUUUUUCAAAACUGUGCUGUAAUGACUGAAGAGAUUAUUUUGUGCGCAGAUCACUGAUCAAGUUAUCGUAAUUUUGCAAUGGACAUUAUUUGUUUUUGACUAUGUGACUUGGGUGUCCAUGUUAGGUUAAUGAACACAGUGUCCAACUACUUCGAUUUUAUUUCUUUGGAAAAAGAUUGAGAGGGGGAAAAGUUCAAUUCUUUAACAUUCUGAGAAGUCUCUAAGAGACUUCAAGCUGCCUAGGAUGUUAAGGACGAAUUAGAGGGUAUUUGUUUAAGGUUUACAAACCUUAAGAAAAAAUGACAAGUGCUAGUUCCUGUCAUCUUUGAAAUAAGCAACUAAAACCAUUGAAAAAAACCCUUCAGACUAAAGCUGGGGAGGUCCCCAGUUGACAGCAUGUUUCAACAUUAAUGGGGUUAAUUAUGAAUGAUUGCUUGUCACCCAUGGAGGUCAGAUGGACACGUUAAAGGUUACGAUCCCAUUAGGGAUCAACAAGUAAAAUCAUUGAGUGGAUGCUAUACAGAGCAAAAAGUUGCCAAACCGAAUCAUUUUCCUGUUGUGUUGGAAGUUUCUGAUCUCAGCCAAGGUAGUCCCUGAACGUUAACAAUUGAUAUCAGCUGCCUGUUCAUUAACUUCUGCUGGAAUGUACAUGCUACGUUAAUGCCCCCUACAAAUUCAGAGCUCUACUGACACUUGGACUUAAAUAAUGUCCAGCUGGGUGGGUGCUGGAGAACAUCAGUCACCGUUCGGAUGAGCAGGAAAGCAGCAAAACGUGCUUGAGGGAGAAAUGUACUGACAAAGAAUAGCGGAUAUUAAGAAAAGGGUGUUAACUGUUGCCAGAAGAAGUAGCUUUUGCAUUUUCACAUGCUUUGUCCCCCUUCAGUGCUUUAGUGGCAUUUUAAAAACCAAAGUCUAUUUUCGUGAAAUGCAAAAUUCAAAUAUAGGGAUAAUCAAGUGAUAAGUGUAUAAUUUCAUCACAAUGUGUGUGGCAGUUUUGUUUCCUUUUCAUAAACAAAACACAUCUUGUUUAACCAUACAUUCUCAUGAAUAUAUUGUCAAAAGAGAGGACAUGAAGUGGAUGUGUAAGUUACUUUCAUGUCUUGUAUUUCACUGGGAAUUUAUGCUGUUGAGUGCAUAUUGAAAUAAAAUUUUCCAAAGCUAAGUCUUUACAGGACAAAGCCACGAUGUGGAGGUGCCGGUGUUGGACUGGAGUGGAGAAGGUCAGAAAUCACACAACACCAGGUUAUGUCCAGCGGGUUUAUUUGAAAACCAAAGUAAGGCUCCAAAAGCUUGUGUUUUCAAAUAAAUCUGUUGGACUGUAACCUGGUGUCGUGUGAUUUCUGAUCUUUUAUAGGACAAAACCAAUGGAGACAUUAUCGGGUUGGGGAGUUUGGUUUAUUAUAAUGUUUUGAAUAUUUUUUCCGUAAUAUUUUUCAGUACGGGUGAAGAUUACUAUUUCUUCAGUGGGACUGAUUUUUUUCAGUCUUUUUAAUAUGCCUUUGAGUAUUAUGUUUAACGAAGCUGUUUAUCUAUGAAUGGGAGUAGAAAAGGUCAUGAAGCCUACCCCAUCUACACAUGAUGCAGCCCACAUAGAACACCAAGCCAUCCUCCAUCAUGUGGUCACCUACUGAAGGAACCAGUGCCCUAUGUAAGAAACAGUGUGCAAUGUUCCUCUCCAAUAUCUGAAGGAAAUUGAGCAAUGAUCCAUAAGUUACUCAUUAGUGUAGCUCCUCUUGCUCACCAAACCUACCAUCUUAACUCAGGCAGCUCUCCCUCUUUCAGGAAUCUACCCAGAUCUUUUCUAAAAACUGUGAGUAAUGGGAACUAAAUGUAGGGAUUGGUAUCGCUUAUCCUUCUGACAGAACUUCUACAAAUGAUUAACACAAAUUCAAACCUUCAUUUCCAUAUGAACAUAGUAAACACUAGUUAGGGUGCAGUGAUAUGGUUCCUGUCUCUGGGCCAGAAGACCAGGUUCAAGUCCCCCCUGAGCUGGACAUGUGACAUAGUAUGUUCAAACAGAAUGAUUAAAAUAACUAUGAUAAAGCUUCUUUUCGUGAAUGAUAUAAAUAAAUUGAUUUAGGAUCUUGUGGUGCAGAGAUAGGAUUCAAGUUUGACCUGGCCCAGGAUUGCGUCAUAACAUGUCCAAACAUGUUGAUUUAAAUAACUCGCUGUUUCAAUAAGGUAAUGUAUCAUGUGAACAAACAGAAAGCCAGUCAGGUUUUGCAAGUGAGAGAAUUAGGCACUGAGAGCUGUUUUAUAAACGGGCUCACAUUGCCAAAGGCCUCUCAAUUGCAGCCCGCAAGCACUUUCACUCCAGUUCAUGCAGCCAGGAAUCAUAGUCCAAUUUGCACUUAGCUUUCUUCCUCACUGGCUUGUUUCUUUAAGGUCAUCUGAGAUCAGAGGUUUCAAGAUGAUUAAUACCAGCACUGUUACAUCAUUGAUGAAUAAACCUUAAAGAAAACACCAAAAUCUGCCGGUAAUUUCAUUUCAACAUUGAAACAAAUGAGUCAGAACAUUGAUUCAUAGAUUAAGUUAAGCCACACGGGUUAUGAAAAGAAAACAUUUCGGUUCUUUUAUCUUAGUGCAACUCAUUUUUCAAAAAGAAAAGCACAUUAAAUUGGAUAUCAAAAAAUGACUGAGGCAACAAAAAUGCACUGACUUAAAUUUAUGUAGCAAGCAAAAUUAAAAUGUUACAUAAGUAGCUGGUGCAUUUAUGAAUGGAACAGUUAGCCAAUGUGAGUCUGCUAGCCUUCCUAACUCUAUUCAUCACAACAUUGAGUGGAUUCACAGAAUUGGCCACAGAACCAAUGCAACUGAAGUGACACAUGUUUAGGCGUGCUAAAAAAAAAUCAUAAUUAUUGUCUCCAAAACCCAUCCAUCAGGAAUCUGAUGAGAUCGAGUGCAGCUCUGGUUUGACGUCAAAUGGGGAAUAUUAUUGGGCUGUCCACCCAACGCAAUGGUUUGCCCAUCCAGCAAGUUAGGCUAAAUUUAUCCCUUUCUGGAUGUGGGUAUCUUUGAUUUUUGGGGAAGGAUGAUACAAGUCAGGGAUUCAACUGGUAGUAUUUACAUUGGGUGAAGCACCAUACAAAGUUCUGGUGGAUUAUUGCUUUAUUUCCAACAGCACAAAACAUCACUUUGCAUUCUUUGUGGUGAUACAUCUGCAUGAAGGUGCACAACAUGGACGUGGAGGUGCCGGUGUUGGAGUGGGAUGUACAAAGUCAGAAGUCACACGACACCAGGUUAUAGUCCAACAGGUAUAUUUG